AUGUUCGCCCACCAGUUCGACCAUUCCUUGAAUGACCUGGAUUUAUUUAAUCAGUACGUCAAUAUGGACAACUCCAGCGUGGAUGGCAACAAAGAUGUCUCGUUCCCUGGCGAUCUUGACCAAAUAUUUCAGCUCGAGUCGUUGUCCAGCGACUGUGGCGAGCACUCUCCGGCCAUCUCCACCUCGACGCAACCCCAUCAGGCCGUCCACGCUUGGACUAAGGACUUUUGGUGUCUGUCCCAGGACCCAGAUUCAUCUACGGGUCACGCCCAUUUCUCUCUACAGGAUACUGUUCAUCCGUCAGCCGUCUCCGAUCUAGCUGUCAAUUUCGAGGCCCCGCCCACUGCUGCGUGUGCCCCAGAAUCCCGCCCAUCCCCGACCACACCCCCAGCAACUCCCAGUCGCAAGACUAAAGCUGCUGUCAUCACGCCCAAGGCCAUCCGCCGUCACCGUGAGCCUAAUGACCGUCGUGGUCCGCUGCACAAACCGAGCUUCUCCCCCGGCAUUCCCCGCUCAACACAGAUCCAACGGACCAGAAUGGCCUACCCCGAAGCUUGGGCUCAGCGGUUCAACAACUUCAGUUUCCGCAAUUCCGAUGAACGCUUGCCUCUAUCCCCACCUCCCUCAGAUAUCCUCGUGCAGCAAGAGAACAUGGCUGCAGACACCGCACACCUGAACCGCGCCGAAGCGCUAUCGAAGCCUUCCUCCGAGAUGCCUCCCCAUUAUGACACUGGCAUGUUCAAUCCAUCGCCUGCCAUCUCUAUGCCCUCGCCUUCGACAGCUACACUGGCGGGACAGCCUCCGAGAUAUUUAAGCCAGUCCAGCAGCUCUGGAUUGCCCACCUCAAGCCCCCCUUCGGCCGACGAGAUCUUCUCCUCCCCACAUUCCUCGGGCCCUCAGUCCAUGUCUUCGUGGCAUUCCGACUCUCUUGGCUCCUCUGGGAUUCCGUACAGCACUCCUGACCUGAACGGGCACGAUGCCCAAGCAUGGUGGUCACCAAUGACGUCUCGAGUUCCCCAGCGCCAACCGUCAUAUCAGCAAAUGGUAGCAUCCCCAGCUGCACAACGGCCGAUUCAGAACUCCGCCAACCAGAAUGACAUGCUGCAAGGGGGACUGAUGAUUCAACUCGACCCCUCAUCAUUCGACCUAUCUAACACACACUCGUCAUUCCCGUCGGCUGGCAUGCCCUCCGCCCCUAACGGCCACGAGAGCCGUCCCUACACCCACCACACCGCAGCACCAGUGGAUUCGUCCUCUUUUGUCACCCCGCAAAUGCCUCCCACUCACUCGCGGUCCCCGUCACUGUCUCCGGGCUCGGGUGCCUCUCCCAAGAAUGGAACCAUGAUGCACAAUGGAAGCAGAAGGACGAUCCACCGCCAGAAUCUCAACCGAAAGCUAUCCUCUAACUCCAUGAACGCGCCUAAACCCGUCAAGGGACUCCACACAACAAGCCCUAAGGGAGGCAAUAAGUCCGUCACCGUGUCCUUCGUCAACUUCACCCCAAGCGAUCACCAGAAGAUCCUCACUGGCGUUGCCCCCAGUGGCAGCUCCAAGACGAAGGCACGACGCGAGCAAGAAGCCCGCGAUAGACGGCGCAAAAUCUCAGAAGUCGCCUUGCAGGCCAUCCGAAAGGCCGGAGGCGACGUUGAGGCUCUCGAGGCCAUCCUCUGCUAA